CCCGGCCAUAGGUCUGACACCUGGCGAGCUGUUGUUGACGUUGCAGUUGUUGCUCAAUUCGAAGUGCUGUGACUUGACUUUCUUUCGAUCUGAAAUACUCUGUUGCGCCGGUCCCCGCGGGCUCGAGCUCGGACGAUUGCCGCUCAAUUGCAAGGUGUCCACUUGUCAUGGUGAGGUGAAGUGCGACAGAUCGAGGUGGCCGACUGAGUCGCCAACUUGACUCCGGCGAGAUGUCGACGAGUCCCCGGAAAUCGAUCGAUAGCCUAGCAUCGGGUGCAUCGACACCUUCGUUAUCCCAGUACUCAUUCAGUCAAAUCGAAUCUCCCCGCGCUCCACCCCAGAGAUACCCCCUGAGGAGAGGCUCGACUGCCAGCUCAAUCGUGAGCAUCGGCGGAGUCCUCGACCCGUCCAACCGGCAUGGUGCAAUAGCGGAAUCAGGGCAGAAUGCUAUUUCUACCCUCCUUCAGCCCCCGAUCGUCCGCACCGGUCUCGUGCCCCAUAGCUCUGCCACAGCCGCCGGAUACAAACCCCCAAGUACUCGCGAUAUUCCGCCCGUCACCUUGACAAACAUUCCUCAUGUCGACCGAAAGGUAUUCGAACCGUAUCUAUCACAAGUUGGGUCCUUGUACGAAGUGUUCCAAGAGGCAAAAGAGGGAAUCGUUGAGCAGGACUCGCAGCUUGCGCGGGGAGGACCACGAUCUCCGAAAGCAGAAGAAUAUGACUCCUUAAUCCCCAGGUCUUUUGAACGCCGGUCUUCUGCCAUAUCCACCACCUCCCGUUCAAGCUCUCCGUAUGCCUCUGCCCGGAAGAGGUCGUCGAACCGUGGUCGUGCUCCAGCAGUCACUCCGUUGUCGACAAUCCCCCCUGUCUACUUUGAGAAUGACUUUCACCUCGAAAACCCGCGAACGUUUGAUGUGGUAUCGGAGAGAUCGGAGGUUGUCACCCCACCAAAAGCGCCAACCAAAGACAACAAGGCAGAUACGGUCAUCGAACCUGUGCAAACCGGAAGGAAAGCGCUUGCUACGAAUGCGAUCUUACAAGAGAAGCUAUCUUGGUACAUGGACACCGUGGAGAUCCACCUUAUAUCCUCGAUAUCGACUGCAUCCAAGUCGUUCUUCACAGCUCUGGGAUCACUGCGGGAACUGCACGCCGAAGCUGCUGAUUCUGUCAAGCGGAUUCAAGUGUUGCGCAAAGAUCUCCAGAAGAUAGAUCGCGAGAUGGCACUUGGAGGGUUGAAGGUUGUAAAUCUUCGGCGCCGAAGGGAAAACGUCCGCAUGCUUUCCGACGCGGUCUCUCAGCUUCGCGAUGUUGUGCAGUCUGUCACCCGAUGCGAGGAGCUAGCCGAGGAUGGAAAAAUCGAGGAAGCAGCCGACGGGCUUGAGGAGGUGGAGAAAUUGAUGGCUGGAAACUAUACCCCAGAUCAACCGACAGAUGGCGAGGAACCACGGAGAACAGUUGACCUGCGAAGGCUCAAGGCGCUUGAGGGUGCCUCGAACGAACUUGAUCGUCUGAGGUACCAGAUUGGUACAGGCUACGAAAACCGUUUCUUGAACGAGCUUCUUGGUGACCUAAAACGCCAUGUCGAGAAUGCUCCAUUGGCCGCGACCGUACAACGAUGGGGUUACUCCUUCCAACGCCAGCGUGGAGGCCAACGUUCCAGCCUCACAGAGCCACCGGCAUACAUGUCCAUUGAUGAUAAGCUGCGUUCCCAACUGCGUUUGCAUCUUACUGGUCUUGCGCGUGUUCGCCAUACAACCCCUGCUGCGACGGCGUUCAAGACUGCGGUUCUGCGAGAGAUGAAGAGCUUGAUUCGUCGACAUAUGCCGAGCAGCAACGACGAUGAUAAUGAGUCCAUGGUGUCGGUAUCUACACACCGAUCUCAUCAACUGAGCUCGCAGGAGAAGUCCUCAAUCCUCGCUCGUAACCUCCGUGCUAUGGAUGCCGAUGAUGCGUACAAUAUGCUCGCAUUGGUGUAUACCGGCAUCAGCGAGUCGCUACGCAGAUUGAGUGUACAGGUCAAGGUUCUUCUGGACAUUGCAAGUGGAUUAGGUGGCCUCCAAACUGGCGGUCCAAAGUCCCCAGUGAGCAAUGGAGAUUCCCGCGCCUCGGCGCAUGCGGCUCAGGAUGAGAUCCUCCAGGUUCUGGACAUGUCUAGUCUCCUUGGGCAGGCUGUUGAUAUCGCUCAAUCUCAAGCCACCAAAGUCUUAAAGGUCAGAUCCGAGCAAACAGCAAGCCUGUCAAAAGAGGACUUUGUCAAGUAUUUCACUCUGAACCGACUUUUUGCAGACGAGUGCGAGGCGAUCUCUGGACGCAGUGGGACCGCUUUCAAGACUGCUGUUGGCAACCAAAUCCGAGAUUAUAUCUCCCGCUUCGGCGACAGACAGCGACACAGUAUAGUCCAGGUGAUGGACGCGGACCGCUGGGACGCAAAGGAUUUCGGUAAGGCUGAGUCGGAAAUCCUCGGCCGUAUCCUCGGUGCAAGCACGAAAGACAUUGAUGCCUGGGUAAAAAGCUCGAAAAUCUGGAUCACUCAGGAUGAACGCCAAAACGGUAUGCCGACAGAAGCAGCUGUUGUCAAUGGCUCGAAGGAUGAAAAGGAAAAGGCUCGUAACGCCGUGAUCGACGAGCAAAAAUACAUUCUUUCGGACUCUGCAUUGGCAAUGAUGAGAAGCAUCGAAGAAUUCCAAUUCUUGAUGGCGAAUAUACCCAACAUGAUUCCGGACAUUGCGGCCAGCCUUUUGGAGUCAUUAAAGCUGUUCAAUUCGCGUUCCUCUCAGCUGAUUUUGGGUGCUGGAGCUACAAGAAGUGCCGGCCUGAGGAACAUCACAACCAAGCACCUUGCUCUCUCUUCACAGGCCCUGAGCUUCAUCAUCGCUUUGGUUCCGUACAUCCGGGAGUUCGUCCGUCGGCACUCCCCACCUGCGUCGGUGAUGGGCGACUUUGACAAGGUGAAGCGACUGUACCAGGAACACCAGUCGGGGAUCCACGAGAAACUCGUCGACAUUAUGGGCUCUCGGUCAUCCAUACAUGCUAAUGCUAUGAGGAAUAUCGACUGGGGUCAAGGCUCCGACGUCAACCCCUACAUGGAGACCUUGACCCGGGAAACCGCAACCCUGCAUAGGGUAUUGAGUCGACACCUCCCCGAAAUGACGGUGAUGAUGAUUAUGGAUCCCGUGUUCCAGAACUACCGCGAUCAGUGGACUCGAGCGUUCGACGAGGCAGUUAUAAGGUCGGAGGCUGGCAGAAAGAGACUACGCCGCGACGCAGAACAUUUCCAAGCGAAACUGAGCAAGAUAGACGGCUUCGGGGACUUGGGCGAGCGACUCCUCGAAUUGGUCGAUAAGAAGAAGAUAGAGUAUAUGGAGCAGCAGCCCACGGCCGCGCCAGCUCCAGCCGAGGAGACUCCGUUGAAGGAGUCACCAAAACCAGAGGACGAGGCCAAGGCCUGAGCUGGCUGCGGACAAACAUAAUAAUUCAUGUGUCUAUAAUUACUCGGUUCUGCACAGCACUUUUGAGCGACUCUUUACGCCGUAUAUAAUCAGCGACUCUCGCUUCGCCACCUGCUUGCUACUUGUCCUUUUCAAUAGACAUUUCCUAUCUUCCUUCUUCUCUUUCAUAGUACAUAAGUACGCACAAACAUACAACAUUGGACUCAUUCUCAAGUUGAAUCAAUUCGGGAUAUGGAUCAUUCCCGUCUCAUCCUCAUCAUAUGAUAAUCAUAAAUAUAAUACACCAUCAGAACUCCAGUCCUUCACUCAAUGAAACGGACUUCAAAUGACCAUCACAGAUGGAUAGGAGGAAAACCAAGUUAAGCAACCAGGCUCAACUCUACCUCUAAGCCUUGUGAGCACCCAGCCCCUUCCUCUCACCAAGCGUCUUGGGCUCGUGGCCGCCCUUCCCGCUGCCGUGCCCCUGGUCGCGCUGGCCGAUGUAGGGCUCGGGGUUGCCCAUGUCCUCGGGGAGGGGCGCGGUGCGGUCAACGCGGCCCAGGUGGUCGUGCUGUAAAGGACUUGUUAGCAUGCAUUCGUAAAGCAAGAGGCUGAGUGAUGAGGUGAAUAUGGAGGGAUUUGGAGGGGAAUGAACGGGGGGAGCAUACCUCGGGGUUUGUGCCGUGGACCUUGGUCGGGCCGGCCUCGAUGGCGUUGUCGGAGACCUGGUUGUCCUGUGCGUAUGUGACACCACGGGGCAUUUUGGUGGUUGUGCUGUGUAAGGGUUUAGAGAUUUAGAAAGUUGUGUUGUGAGUAGUGUAGUUGGUAGGGUCUGUAGUGCAGACUGUUAGUGCCGAGCCCAGCGCAAGUGGAUUGCAAUACACAAAAAAGACUCCGUACCUGAUCUAAACUCUAGAUCUUGUAAUAGUCAAGUGAAGAUGAUUGAUU